AGGGGCUGCGGCUGCACCGCGGGCGAUGGUGGGCAUCCCGGGAGCGGCUGCCUUCCAGUAUGAGGAGACCGAAGCCCAAGUGAUCAACUGCCUUACCUUCAGUCGGGAUUUGAACCCAGGUUCUCUUGACUCCACCUCCGCACCACGCUGCCUCCCAUUGAAGUUUGAGAUCUACCUUUCCAAAAAGGUUGCUAGUGAGAAGAGGGUGCCAGCGAUGCCUGGAUCCCCCGUGGAAGCGAAAAUACAGUCAAGAUCUUCGCCUCCCACCAUGCCUCCACGGCCACCCAUCAACCCUGGCGGGCCCCGCCCGGGCUCCUUCACCCCUACAGCAUUGUCCAAUGGGAUUAACCAUUCACCACCCACCUUGAAUGGCGCUCCAUCCCCACCACAGAGAUUCGGCAACGGCCCUGCGUCAUCCUCGUCCUCAUCGCUUACCAAUCAGCAGCUUCCCGCUACCUGUGGGGCCCGGCAGCUCAGUAAACUGAAGCGCUUUUUGACUACCCUCCAGCAAUUUGGUAAUGACAUUUCCCCCGAGAUUGGAGAAAAGGUUCGGACCCUCGUCCUGGCUUUGGUAAACUCCACGGUGACCAUUGAGGAAUUCCAUUGCAAGCUGCAAGAGGCCACCAACUUUCCUCUUCGUCCCUUUGUGAUUCCGUUCUUAAAGGCCAACCUUCCCCUGUUACAGAGAGAGCUGCUGCACUGUGCCCGGGCAGCCAAGCAGACCCCUUCCCAGUACCUGGCCCAGCACGAACACCUCCUGCUCAACACAAAUACCACCUCUCCAGCUGACUCUGCAGAGCUGCUUAUAGAAGUGCAUGGGAAUGGCAAGAGACACAGUCCUGACAGGAGAGAAGACCCCAGCUUUGAGAGAGAACCAGUCCCCCCUGAGCCGCCCGCCAAGAGGGUGUGCACCAUUAGCCCUGCUCCGAGGCACAGCCCGGCUCUCUCCCUGCCCCUCAUGAAUCCUGGUGGGCAGUUCCAUCCCACCCCGCCGCCUCUCCAGCAUUAUACCUUGGAAGAUUUUGCCACUUCACACCUAUACAGAGACUCCACCAAGAUGCUGGAACAUCGAGAAAUCCGUGGUAGCGCUGGUGGCGGCGGUGGCGCUGGUGGUGACCGACAUCACGGGCUUGGCUUAAAUGGAGGAUACCAGGAGGAGCUGGUGGACCACCGUUUGACAGAGAGAGAAUGGGCUGAUGAGUGGAAACAUCUGGAUCAUGCUCUGAACUGCAUCAUGGAAAUGGUAGAGAAAACCCGACGUUCCAUGGCUGUCCUGCGGCGCUGCCAGGAAACUGAUCGGGAAGAGCUCAACUUUUGGAAGAGACGGUGCAGCGAGAACACAGAGACCAGGAAAGCCGGGAGUGAGCUCAUCUCCAGGCAGCACAGCCCAGGAAGUUCGGACUCACUCAGCAAUGAUUCACAGCGUGACUUCAGCAGUAGGUCAGGAACAGGCUAUGUCACUGAAGAGAUCUGGAAGAAAGCUGAAGAAGCUGUGAAUGAGGUGAAGCGGCAGGCCAUGUCGGAAGUGCAGAAGGCUGUAGCAGAGGCUGAGCAGAAGGCCUUUGAGAUGAUUGCAUCAGAGAGAGCCCGCAUGGAGCAGACCAUCGCGGAUGCCAAGCGCCAGGCCACUGAAGAUGCGUUUCUGGUUAUAAAUGAGCAGGAAGAGUCCACUGAGAGCUGCUGGAACUGUGGACGCAAAGCCAGCGAGACUUGCAGCGGCUGCAACAUUGCUCGGUACUGUGGCUCCUUCUGCCAGCACAAGGACUGGGAGCGUCACCACCGCAUCUGCGGCCAGGGGCCCCACAGUCAGAGCAAACCGCUCCUCCCCCCAAGCGGCCGCGUCUCUGUCACCAAAGCUGCCGACGGAGGGCUGAGCCCAGCCCUGGACAAGACCUCUGCGGCCACCUCACGGUCCUCGACCCCUGCCUCGGUGACGGCCAUAGACACCAACGGACUCUGAGCGGGGCUGGUCAUUGGCUCCUUUGUGGUCACUUUGUUACCGCCACAACCAGCCCCUUGGGCUACCACAAGAAGGCAGCGGUUUCAGUGGAUACACGCACUUGUCAAACCAUUGGCACACACCGUCUCAUCAGAGCAGGCAACAGGGGACAGAGACAGCUAUUUUCAUUCUCUGUCAUGUUCCCUGGGGGACAAGAUGACCAGCAGCUUCCCCAGGGCAGACUGAUGGCUUCUCCAAAGUCUUGCUGGCCAAACAUGGCUUUCCUGAGGCUUCCCGUGUUUUCCUCUCGUGCACGGGCUAUCCAGCCGCCGUGCAUGGAGGUGGUGACCAUUGCAUCACUUUCUUCAUUUCAGAUCACUAGCUCAAGCAGCCCCGGGCCCCAGCUUCCCCUUUCCUUGCCUCAGUCCUGAGCGCCUUUGUUCCAAGGUUUCGAUGGUUUAGGCCCCUUCUCUAUCUUGCCUAGCCCACAAGCUCCCCAGAGCACUUUCUCUGUGGAAUAGAAUCGGUCACAGAACAACAAUUCAGAUCUGGAAGGAGCCUCAAAGGCUAGCUACCCAAGCCUGUAGCUGACCAGGAAGCUACUCUGCAGUGUCCCUGACCAGUGAACGUAACAGCAUUUUCUUUAAAGACAUCUGGUGAUGGGAACCCGCUACACACUGCCGGUUUAGGGCACGGUGUUCUCACCCGUAUGUCCCUGGCGGGCACCAAGGAUCCCAAUUUGAGCGGCUGGGGCGAAUGUGACCCCCAAAGCUGCUUAAGUCAUUGAGCCACACUGUCGGGCUGGAGGCCUGACAGGACCUUCCACAAGGAGAUAAGCCACCACCCCUUGCACUCUGACCUGCUCCCAGAGCCCAAUGUAGGGUUGGCUCAGACCUGGAGGAGGGGGAGGAGGAGCUGAAUGUUUCAUUAAACACAUUAGUUAUGAUUUCUAUGAAUGGACAUUAGUUAUCCCUGCUCAGUUUGGGCCAGAGCCUCCCUCUCACUGGCUGCCGAGGUGCAGUUUGGGACCAUGAGGAGGAUGUGUCCUGAUCUUUAAUUUGUUUUGGGCUAUGCAAAGAAUAUCUUCUCCACUGCAUGGAAGAUAAUCCCUUUUAUAUUUCUAUAGAAACAGCUUUUUUUUUUAAGAGUGAGCACAAUAGAGAGAGAGAAAUUGAAUUUAUUGUUAGCCCACUCUCUCCAAGCAUGUUGGCCGAAACUAUGACUAUCACAUUUAGAAACCGCAGACCCCAAUGUGCAGAGCUCCAUGGACUGGAAUAUUAGCUGUAUGUCCCAGGUCAUACUUGUCCAGGUCCCCAGGUUUCUUCCUGACGUGCCUGUGAGUCUGGAUAUGGUAUCACCUCGCACAGGAUGUGAAGCAAAGAAGGCUGGGAUUAACGCAGCCUGGCACAUGGGACCUGCCUAGCCACUCAAAGUGAGGCCCUAGGUUUGGGUUUGGUUUUUUUUGGUUUUUGUUUUGUUGGUGGUGUUUUGGGUUUUUUUUGGUUUUUGUUUUUGUUUUAUAAAGGAAGCAUGUGCCACGUCCAGAAAGAUUUCUCCAGCUUCUGUGCUUUCAGAUACUUAAAACAUCCUUCAUCUGUCUUGUUAACCAUCCACAGGCUACAUGGUGCUUUAUCAAACAGUCCAAUCCAGUGAGUAUUUACUAAUUGUCUCCUAGGUGCUAGGGCCUAGGACAACACAGACAAAAUGGGGGAAAAAAUGGUACUGACUCUUAAUAGGGGUUUACAUUCUACUUAUUUAAAAUGUUUUCUCUCCCACAGCUGCCCUGUUGAUGCAAGAAAUUUCCUCUGGGCUCCUCCUGCCCUGGGGGGUCUGAGGAAAAUCUUAUGGAAAAGAGAGAAAAGCACAUUGUUAAUAGCCAGCCUGUCAUGGCUGCCUAAGCUGAAAUUGGGGCAGAGAGAGAACGCUGAGCUCCUUAGGGAAAAUGCCCUUGGUCCUACGAGCCUCUCACCGUUUACAAGUAGCUGAGCCUUGUGUCUUCUGGUGGGCUCAGUGGAACUUAGACCAAUACAUUCUCUCCCACGUGCAAGGCCCCACCUUGAAAUGUGUGGCCAGCAUUACGGGGUCAAUACAGGAGCACAUAGUAAGGAACCUAAGAGGGCCCACCAUACACAUCUUGUCUAUUGGACAGGAUCGGGUGGUCAGCACGAGCUAGGGGAGGCAUCUAGUAGAUCAGAAGGGUCUCCUGCCCAAAAGACAAAGAGGGUUCCAAAGAUUUACUCCCAUCGCAGUGAGUAACCCAGGCCUGGACUGACAUCUCCACAAAGAAGAGACAAGUGAUACUUCAACCCCACAAAGGAACGGAUGAGAGAGGAGAGAGAAGAAAUGUUUCACAUCGGGAGCAUCAUUGAAUCAGGUAUACUUCACUUUAAGAAAACCCAGCAAUGAUUAGUCCAAACUUAGAAAACAAAAUAACCAUUCACUUUCUGAAGAAAGUUGCUAUAAAAUAACACUAGUAUAUUCAAAGGGCAAGUUAUAUUGGGUAAAAAAAGCUAUGCUUAGAGAAAGGAUAAUAACACAAAACGUAAAGUAUAGGAUAACAAGAUUGCUUCCACUCUCAUUUUCUGUAUUUUAUAGUGAACCCCAGGGCUUCUUGGUCAAUAGUCAGUGCUCGUCCUUGCCUAUGAGAGGAAGGGCGAUGCCUGUUUGUCCUUCUCAGUGCAUAUAGGGCUUCAUCUGGAUUUCAGCCAAGCCAUCACAGAGUAUCCGUGUGGAGACAAUGGAGAGGCAGGCAGGGUUUAGGUAAUAAUAGCAAAGUUAAGCAGGCUCAGAGCUGGUUGAACAAUUGGACUCAAGGAGCAAGAAUUAAUGGGUUCAAGUUAAGUAUGGAGGGAAGGGUCUCUAGUGAUGGUCACAAGGCACUGUCCUCAUUAACAUUUUUAUCAGUGGCUUUAAUAAAGGCCUUGUUUAUCUACUGUGAAGCCACCUGAAAAGCUGAGAGGUAUAGCUAAUGUAGGGGGAUUAAAAAUUCUAAUACAAAGAUUUUCAGUGGGUUUCAAAAGAUAGGCUAAUCUUUGAAAUUUAACAGGGACCAGUGCAAAAACUUAGGUAUUUAGGUCAAAAAAUCCAUUACAUAAAUACAGAAUUGGGGGUGUUUAGACCAACAGCUGUUCAGGUGAGAAAGACCAAGAAGCUUUAGGAUGAACCAGCAGUGUGUCAUGGCUAGUUAAAGAAGCUAUCACAAUCUUGAGCUCCACGUCCAGAGGUGUCGUGCCUAGAAUGAGGGCAAGGUCAGUCCUGCUGCCCACCUUCCUAGUCAGACCCCGUUGGGAAUAUUGUUCCAUUUGGAAACCGCAUUGACAAGCUAGAGCGUGUCAAGAACUGAGCAACUCAGGUGGUGAGAGGACAUGAAAUCACAUUCUAUUGAAAGGACUGGGGAUGUUUAGCCUGGGGAGUGAGAAGACUUUGGUUGGGAGUAGGAGGCGGCAUAUGAUUGAUGCCUUUUUGUGGCUAACGAAAAGGAAUCCAAGGACUUAUUGGCCCCGAGGCCUGAAUGAGGAAGUAUAGAUGGAAGUCGCAGGGAAGAACAUUUGAGGUCAAUAUAAGAAAAAAUGAGCAGCCAUCCAAGAAUGGAACAAUUGCCUUGCUUUGAAUAGUGAGCCUCCAGUCACUGGAAGUAUUCAAGUAGGCUAGAUGCCCAUCCACUGGUCACUGUAGGAGGGGUUCCUGCACCAGGUUGGGGAUGACCUCUCAGGUCUCUGCUUGCUCUGAUUCAGUGAAAACAAAGACUUUACCCUAAUGCCCAUUUCCAAAGACGACGAAACUGAUAAGGUGGGAGGAGUCAGGGAGGUUGACCAGGUGCUAGCGUGUUCCCUGUAAAUGGUGCUCCCCGUUGCUCCAAGAGGCCACUGUUAGACCCACAUCCGCCCCAUACGCCCUGUUGCAUUGCAAUGUAUUUCUCAAACCAAAUAGGUGUGCUUGUGUGUGUCUGUCCAUCUGUCCGUCUCUCUCUGGGUGAAAACCCAUCACAGCUGUGGGAAAUGUGGAAAGGGCGAGGUCAGCAGCAGAGAAACAGCAAAAGGUGUUGUUGUCCAAGAGGGCGCCCUUGGUCUCCUAGGGCCUCAGCCAGGGCAGGGAUUGUCUCACACGCUGGCGUUCCAAGGUUCUGGGGAGGCAACAAAAGUGGUUCCAUGUCUGAGGUGUGAUAGGAAUGUAAAUAAGAGGUGUGCCAACGGCCCCCAGUGGUGGUUCUUAAGAGAGGGUGAUUGGGAUAAAACCACAGGACUGAGGAGAGGACAGUGGAUUGUUUUCUAUCUUCUUUGCCAUUUAACCCAAAUAGCAAAUUUUUUUUUGUCGUUACUUAAUUCCGUGCAUAACUUAUUUAAUGUCUUGUAUAAAGGAACCAAAAUUGUUAAAUAUGUAUUUAGUUUGUUCUACUUUAAGUAGUCAAUA